ACCGCUUUAUAAACUUACUAACUACUUAUUUAUUAUCCGUGAAUUUGCUAUUGACUGUUGAUAUUAAAUGUCCAAAUUGAUUUCCAUCUUUUUAUUGUAUUUUUAAACAACAACAAAUGAAAUUCUGAGAAAAUUCCUUUAUUUGAAAAGUUCAGUCGUUAUAGCAAUAACAAUUAAACAAUGUUUGAAUCGGAUGACUACGAUCAGAUUUUGUCUCAGAUUGACUUUCCUGACUUAGGUGUUAAAUUUCCUAAAAAUAGCCAAGAAUCGCAAAAACAAGCAGAAUGUUCUGAUAAAGGUGAAAUUCAACAGGCAGUUUUAAAAAGAAAUAUAUCAGCAAUUUUUGAAAAAAGUAUUUCAAACAAGAACAAUGUAAGUCUACCUGAUACCUCUGCAAAUAAAAAGAAGGAAACUAACAAUGUUUCCCCAAAGCAUACAAAAAGAAAGAUUAUAAAUUCUUAUUUUGAUCACAAUAGUAAAAGAAAGUUUCCUGGUCCAGCUGGACUGUUAUCAGGCAACUUUGAAGAGAAAAAAGAUAAUGAUGUCUGUCAAAUGGAGCUUCUCUCACAGGACAUAGAUUUUGCACAAGGUUACUUACAUGGUAAUGUCUUUGAAACACCACUUUGGAAGCGACUCCUGGAAGACACAGCCAGUAUAAAAGAAAUAAAUUCAAUCAAGGCUAUAAAACACCAGGCACUUGCUGGUAACCUACAUAGAAAAAAGGCUCAAUUUGUAAUUGCUAUAGUUGAAUCAGUUGAUAGAUCUGCUAUUGACCCAUUAAUAACACUUAGAGAUAAAACAGGGAACAUAAAAUGCACUCUUCAUAGAGAUGCAUGGACAGCAUUUUCUGCAUAUAUUGUAUCAGAAUAUUGUGCUGUUGUCCUCUCGAGACCAACUGUUCUUACAACUGGCAGUGCAUUCAAGAAGCAUUACUUAAAUAUAACAUUGAGUAAUAUUGCAGUUAUAUAUAGUUCAGCUCAAGUAAAUGAUAAUGAAAAUUUGCCAGAUGGGUGGCAAAAAAAUUGUCAGGAAGAUUACACUAUAAUUAAAUCAGAGAAUAUUUCAAAUAAUGACUCAAUUACUGAUGAUAUAGAUUUUAUGGAAAAUCUUGAUGAUGUUUUUUCGAAUGAUUUAUUUUAGCUCUUUCUUGAAAAGUUAAACUGGGAUUUAACAAGGCAAGGGUAACAGACAAAUUAUAUUUUUAUAGACCAAAAGUUCAAUCAUCAUAAUCAAAUUAAAGUUUACCCUAUUCUAUUAAUAGAAUAUUUCCCCUGGAAUGUCAAAAAUGGAUACUCUACCUAACUCAAAAAUAUAUGGAGCCAUAGUUUCUGAAAGUGUACAUUUAUUUUUAUUUUUCUAUGAUUAUAAAUAAAAACCUAAUUCUUCAUGUCAA